UUCAUUGUUGUCAUUUGCCAUUAAGCCAUUGAGUUGUCAACAUUCUGUCUGCUGUCUAUUUGCGGCGAAUUCUAAUGGCAUGGAUAGUUUAAAAUAUUUACUUUAUUUAAAUAUUGUGUAAGCCCUAAUCGAAAUACAAAAUCAUGGGUGAGAUAAAUAAAAAGCAAAAUGAUUGGGAUUCUGCUAAAGUUUCGCGAGAGCCGAUAAAAACACUGGAGGACAAAUGGAAAUUAGUACCUUCCUUUCUACAAGUAAAAGGAUUAGUGAAACAACAUAUUGAUUCAUUCAAUUAUUUUAUUAAUGUUGAAAUUAAGAAAAUAGUGCAAGCAAACGAAAAGGUGUUCUGUGAUGCAGACCCUUUAUUUUACAUAAAAUAUUUGAAUGCAUAUGUUGGGACACCUGAUUUAGAGGAAGGCUACAAUGUCACCAAACCGACUACUCCACAUGAGUGCAGACUCAGAGACAUGACAUAUUCUGCACCAAUCACAGUGGACAUAGAAUACAUAAGAGGCAAUCAAAGAGUCAUCAAGAACAAACAGUUAAUUGGAAGGAUGCCAUUGAUGCUGAGAUCUUCAAAUUGUGUGCUGACUAAUAAAUCUGAUUUUGAAUUAGCACAACUAAAUGAGUGUCCUCAUGACCCUGGCGGUUAUUUCAUCAUUAGAGGUCAGGAGAAGGUGAUAUUGAUCCAAGAACAGCUGUCCAGGAAUCGUAUGAUUGUUGAUGAGUUCAAGGGAGCAAUUCAAUGUCAAGUGACUAGUUCAACACAUGAGAAGAAGACCAGAACUAAUGUUAUCGUUAAAAAUGGGAAAUAUGUGUUGAGACAUAAUGCUUUGUCUGAUGAUAUACCUAUUGCAGUGGCAUUCAAAGCAAUGGGCAUCUGCAGUGACCAAGAAAUAAUGCAACUAAUUGGCACAGAUGACACUUCAAUGAAAAAGAUGGCACCUUGUAUAAUGGACUGUCAUAAUUUAAAGAUAUUUACUCAAAAUCAAGCUCUCUCUUAUAUUGGGAGCAAACUUAAAGUUAAAAGGUUCCAGUCAGGCACAGCUAAAGUUCGCACACCCGUUGACGAAGCUCGAGAUUUGUUAGCCACAACGAUCCUAGCUCAUGUUACUGUGGAAAAUUAUAAUUUCUAUGUAAAAGCUAUUUACCUAGCUAUAAUGGUCAAAAGAGUAAUUGAAGCUGAAACAAACAAGGCUGCUAUAGAUGAUCCAGAUUAUUAUGGUAACAAAAGACUUGAGUUAGCUGGCUCUUUACUUGCCCUAAUGUUUGAAGAUCUGUUCAAAAGAUUCAAUUGGGAAUUAAAAUCGAUAGCAGAUAAAAUAAUACCUAAAGUUAAAGCCGCGCCGUUUGACGUUGUUAAACAUAUGAGGCCAGAUCUGAUUGCGAAUGGACUGUUUGCUGCUAUAUCUACUGGUAAUUGGACAAUCAAGAGAUUUAAAAUGGAGAGGCACGGCGUAACGCAAGUGUUGAGUCGGCUUAGUUACAUAUCGGCGCUAGGUAUGAUGACCAGGGUAAAUUCUCAGUUUGAAAAGACCAGGAAGGUGUCGGGUCCUCGUUCGUUACAACCUUCGCAGUGGGGUAUGCUAUGCCCGUCUGACACUCCUGAAGGUGAAGCCUGUGGUCUCGUGAAGAACUUGGCGCUGAUGACACAUAUCACCACUGAGUGUUCCGAAGAGCCCAUAGCUAGGUUAGCUCGUAAUGCAGGUGUUGAAGAUGUAAGACUGUUAGGAGGCGAAGAAAUCAAUCACCCAGCUGUCUACAUGGUGUUUCUUAAUGGUAACAUAUUAGGCGUUUCAAGACAAUAUAAAAGGCUUAUUAAAGUCUUUAGAAUGUUCCGAAGACGCGGGCUGAUAUCGGCAUUUGUUUCUAUUUACCCUAAUCACAAUCAAAGGACCGUUUACAUAUGCAGUGAUGGUGGAAGACUUUGCAGACCAUAUAUCAUUGUUGAAAAAGGAAAUCCAUUAGUACAACAGUCCCAUAUAAAUGAAUUAAAUAGAGGAAUCAGAAAAUUCCAAGACUUUUUGAAUGACGGACUUAUUGAGUACUUAGAUGUGAAUGAGGAGAACGACAGCCAUAUAGCAACAGUAGAACAAGAAGUAGAUCCUUACGUCACCACGCAUUUAGAAAUAGAGCCGUUUACUAUCCUCGGCGUCUGUGCCGGCCUAGUCCCAUACCCACAUCAUAAUCAGAGUCCUAGGAAUACAUACCAAUGUGCUAUGGGUAAACAAGCAAUGGGUACAAUUGGAUAUAACCAGAAAAACAGAAUAGACACAUUAAUGUAUAAUUUAGUAUAUCCACAAUGUCCAAUGGUUAAGACAAGAACAAUAGAACUGACAAAUUUUGAUAAACUGCCCGCCGGACAGAAUGCUACAGUCGCCGUCAUGAGUUACAGCGGUUAUGAUAUUGAGGACGCGUUGAUACUUAACAGAGCGUCUAUAGACCGCGGGUACGGCCGUUGUCUUAUUUACAAAAGUGCCAAAACUACAAUGAAGAGGUAUAGCAAUCAAACGUCCGAUAGAAUUCUCGGUCCUUCUAGAGACGCGACUACUGGAAAAGUUAUCAGAGCACAUGAAAUUCUUGACACAGACGGUAUAGCUGCGCCUGGAGAAAUGGUAGAAAAUAGACAAGUCUUGAUAAACAAGCAGAUGCCGCCAGCGACUUUGAACCCCGUGACGCAAGGCCAGCCCCAGCAGGUGGACUACAAAGAUGUGCCUGUCACAUACAAGGGACCUGUUGAAUCCUACAUAGAAAAAGUAAUGGUGUCAUCAAACUCGGAGGAUGCUUUCCUUAUUAAAAUAUUGUUACGUCAGACUCGUGUUCCGGAAAUAGGAGACAAGUUUAGUUCCCGCCACGGUCAGAAAGGAGUGACGGGUUUAAUUGUACAGCAAGAGGAUAUGCCCUUUAAUGAUAGAGGAAUUUGUCCCGACAUGAUCAUGAACCCCCAUGGUUUUCCAUCCAGAAUGACAGUAGGGAAAACUAUCGAAUUGCUAGCUGGGAAAGCUGGGUUGGUGGAAGGGAAAUUUCAUUAUGGUACGGCAUUUGGUGGUUCAAAGGUUAGAGAUGUAUGCCAGGAACUUGAGAAACAUGGCUACAACUAUCAUGGCAAAGAUAUAUUUUAUUCUGGAAUCACAGGAGAAACAUUGGAGGCUUAUAUCUAUUCGGGUCCUGUAUACUAUCAAAAGCUGAAGCAUAUGGUGCAAGACAAAAUGCACGCUAGAGCUCGUGGUCCACGAGCAGUUCUCACACGUCAGCCCACUGAAGGACGAUCGCGAGACGGCGGUUUGCGUCUCGGAGAAAUGGAAAGAGAUUGUCUUAUUGGCUAUGGAGCAAGUAUGUUGUUGAUGGAGCGUCUGAUGCUGGCGUCGGACGCGUUCAGCGCGGACAUAUGCGGCGCAUGCGGGCGGCUGGCCAGCCGCGCCUGGUGCCACGCCUGCCACUCGUCGGCCGCAGUCUCCAGCGUCGAGAUGCCCUAUGCCUGCAAACUACUGUUCCAAGAGCUAGCUUCCAUGAAUAUAAUCCCUAAGCUUACUCUUAAGAAAUACUGUUAGAUUACUUAAGCGAAUGUUGUUAAAUUCUAUAUAAAAUAUGUAAGUGCUACAAAUAAAAAUGUUCAAUAUAA